UAAGUCUAUUGUUUAUGUGAUGCACAAAAAGAUUGCGACACAUUUGCUAGCUUUUACACACUACCGGACCCUUCCUGACCAAACAGACCAAAAUAGCAACUCGAGGAAGCUGCCAGUCAAACAUAACAUUUUUGUGAAGCAGUUUCUUCCUUAGACAGCAAGGGAAUUCUUUUAGGAUGCGGCGACAUCUGAGUACACCAUUCACCAUGGGUCUUUAUAAUAGACGUCCUGAUCGUGAAAGACUACUAGCCACCUCUCGAAGUGAUGAUGCACCGCCAGCAUACAGUGAGGUGGUUCCGAGCGCUCCACCACUGCAGUAUCACAGUCCGACGCAAGGAGGCGUACCGCCCUACACAGGACUACCACAACGAGCAGGUUAUAAUGCAGGGACCGCCCCAUACCCGGCCGGAAACCCCAAAGUUAUCGUGCUGAGAGAUGACGACCGCGGUGAGAGGCCCAUGGCCACGUGCUGCCCCAUCUGCCGCAGGAACGUCAUCACCCGCGUGUCGCACCAGGAGGGAGGGGUGAACGAAGGGCUGAUCUGUAUGACAUCUGUGCUGGGAUGCUUUUUCUGGCCAAUCUGCUUGCUGUUGCCCUUCUGCUUGUUGUGUGACAGAGAAAGUACCGCUGUACACUAUUGCCCGAUGUGUCACUCAAAGAUAGCUGAGUAUGAACUGUGACCAUGUUGUGUACCUUGAAACCUUCAGCUGAAACGCACAGUUGUCUCUGUGACAGUUAGGAUCUUUUCAUCGAUGGUCGAUGGUCAGUCCUCAGGGAUGUAUUCCACUAGCACACUAUGAUGGUUAUGGUCCUACAACGCAAACUGGAUCAUGGAGAAGUUGUAUGGAUGCCUAGCUGAUUUUAAUGUGUGUACAACGAACUUUCACUUAUAUUGCUAGAAAGGCAACAUUUACAAGCAAAUACAUAAUGUUUACCUUGCGAUGGUCAAGUAUGAAAAAAAAAACUAAAUGCUUUGUUUUAUUUUAUUUUACUCUCCCUCUCUCUCACUCUCUCUCUCUCUCUCACAAACACACACAUGUAACUUUCUACUUAAUGGAAUCAUGGUAUAUGGGCAGGCUACACCUACCUAUGGUGGUCAAAUGCGCACGUGCAAUUAGCUCUCUGGACUCUCAUGAAUAAGCAGUGAAGGUUAUGAAUAUGAUUAUGAUUAUCGGACUUAUCGUAAAUUAUGAGAUCUAUGUAACAACUACCAUACCGUACAAAUACGGCACUACAUGUAGGUGUGUGCGAAUUAAUGCUCACAUAGUGGAGACAUAAAAAAAACUUCCUUUGAGCUGUGUAUACUCCAUGUAGUUUUAUUGAGCUGGACAUCUAAGCUAUUUGAUGGCGGAUAAGUGCAUACUGGACCAUUUCAAUAAACCUGGCAUCUUUCGA